AUGCGAAGCAAAGUGCGUUAUCAACUUCUGGAGGCGUCGAGCGCACCGAAAACUUGCCGUUUCCUCUGGUUAUUUCUCUUCCUGACUGCCUGUAUUCUCGUCUACAUCUUCAUUUCCGAGAGUAAAAACUCUAUGAUCAGUAGGCGACAGUUUUUUUUUACAAAAACGUUUACAAUGUUCAUUUCAAUUUCAGAUACACUGAUACCAGAUGUGCGGAAUCCGAUGACCUACGAGCAAGUGAUGGACGAGUUGCGGAAUGAAAUUAAAGAGAGAAACAAGAUUAUCACGGAGUUGCAGAAGGAUUUUCAGCAUUUGGAUAUCAAAUCUGACCUGGUACCAACUGGUUUUCUUUUGAAAAAGCGCUUGGAUACUAGUAAAUAAUUAAGCAGAUGGCACUAUUAAUCUUUAGUUUUCAAAAAGUAUUGAAACAGGGGCCUAGAAUUACAAGCAGCAAGACCGAGAGCAGUACCAUAAUACCAUUUAUUCAGAACGAUAUAUCUCGGCUUUCGCUGGAGAUAUCCAAAAGUUGUCAACUAACAAAUUGCUCCUUAAAACAUGGUGUACAAUUCAUCAGUUGACAACUUUUUGAUAUCUUUACCGGCAUCCGAGAUACAUUGGACGUUAUUAGGCUGCACAGUUUUUACAGUAAUAACUUGAAAUUUCAGAAGCCAUCCUACCGAAAACGACCCGAAACACAGCACAUUGACUGCGGAAGGAUACUUUCUGGCGAUAAGCCGUAUCUAGAGACCGUAUCCGGAAAGAAUCGAGUGAAGAUUGUCGAGAAUCAGGGCCUCGACAUGUCGUGUUCGGCGAUUAUGGACCGAGUUCUUCCGUCGGGGACCGUUCUGCGGCCAUUGGAGAAGGGAGUGGCGUUCGCGCGGAUCGUGUACGCGGACUAUGAGAUGAUCGAGAAGCAGGUGCAGAUGUCCUACCAUCCACAAAACACGUUCUGUUUCGCCAUCGAUCGGAAAGCGGCGCCCAAGUUCCACGAGAGAUUGAGGGCGAUGGCCGAGUGUUUGCCCAACAUUCUUCUCUUACCAGGUCAGAUAUUUGAGCUCUGAAACUGUUGACACAGAUUUGAGCGUUGAGUUUUGCCAAUAAUUCGAUUCGCCAUUCCCUUCGAUUUCCAGAUGAGGAACCGGUCGACUCCGCGGGCCACAACAUCAACCUCGCCCACUACAAUUGUCUGCGUGUGCUCAUCAACAAACCCGGCUGGAGCUACGCGAUUCUUCUGCAGAACCACGACGUCAUCAUCAAAUCGGUUUACGAGCUGGAGCAAGUGUACGAGUGGCUCGGCGGAGCCAACGACGUCGAGAUCACGCCCGAAGCGGGAAGACUCGACAAGAAGCUGAGUUGGGAUCCGAAGUCGUUGAAGAUGUUCCGAAAUGGUAUGGAUUCUAGGGUUCAAGAACCAAUCAAAGACAUUUUCAGAGACUGGCAUCGACGAAAAGGUGCUGACAACUAGAAUGAAGUUCGCGAAGGGCGCCGCGCAGGGCUCUUUGUCCCGCGCCGCCGUCGAUUGGAUGGUCCGCACCGCCGAUCUGUCCACCUACAUCGCUCAAUGGAAUUCUGGAGUACUUUUCAAGCGCUCGUUUCAACAAAACACGCAUCAAUUUCAGGGUUUCGGAGUCGACGAGCAGUUCAUUCAGAGUUUCCAAGUGAGCGCCGAGCUCGGAAUGCCCGGCCACUUCACCGACGAAUGUCUCAAAGUGCACAAGAACACCGACUUCGUCUCGAGAAUGUCCCAGUGGAUGUACGGAGGCGCCGAAAAGUGCGGAUCCAAGACGAUCAGGCACGCGAUCUGUCUGCUGGGAAUCGAGGAUCUACGGACGGUCGCCGCGUAUCCGAAUCUCAUGUUCAACAAGGUUCGGUUUCUCGUGCGCGUAAAGUGUGAGGACUUGCAGAAAAUCUGGAAAAAUUUGAUUGAAAUCCAAGAAAAACAAACGUACUAAAACUGGAUGUUCACAAUAAUUUGCCGUUUGAGAAACGCUUUCCACCUUUUUUUCUGUUUUAACGGCUUUACAACUAUUCUGGCAACAUUGCAGAACUCUAGUGGGCAUACACCAUAAAUGAAAUUCUUAAUCCGUCACACGGUCUCCAGAGCUGCUGACAAUGGGUGCAAGUGCGCCCGCCCGCCCAAUAGAGCGAUACAUUGGCGCGAAAUUCAAAUUUUAACUGCAAAAUUUGUGUUUUUUGCCAGAUGGGCCACGAAAAACCGAUAAUUUCUCAUUUGUCUCUCGAUAGACCGAUUGUAUAGGCUAUUACGAAUUUUUUAAGCGCUAGAGCGUUAAAUUUGGUCAAGUCGCAAAUCAAAUUUAUCCGUUUGAAGGUUUUUGGCUAAAACUGCGUGAAUUUCAGUUGCUUUUCGGUAAUUUUCGCGGUUCGAGCGCUCAAAAUGCUUGUAUUUACGUGAUUUAUCAUUCUCAAAACCAAUUCUGUUUGAAAACGGUAAAAAAAACGCAAAAUGAGAAGUGCGGUUUUGAGGCGGCGAAGGCGAAAAAGCAAAGUCCGCGAAAAAUGCGCCAAAACGUCAUUAAUUCUGAGAAUUAGUGUGUUUUCCUUGUCAAAAAAUCAUUUUUCAUCGUCGUUGACCACAAAAAAUCAGAGAACACGUGCUCAAUUCAUGAAAACGCCAUUUGGCCGCCGAGGCCACGCUCAUAUUGUCAGAUCUGGAGACCGUGGCGCGCGUUAAUAGACACGAAACUAACAAUAAUUGACCCAAAAACCGGUGGGUUUCAUUGGGAAAUAAAUCGGGAACGUCAAACAAGAUCACAAAUGGUUUUUAUUCAAAAAGCAACCCUUACAAGCGCUCUGUCUGAAACUGAAACCAUUUGCAGAUGAUGCCCUCCUUCGACUACUCAAUAGUCGAAUGCACCGCCGAGUUGCUCUUCAAUCGGACGUUUUUGGGUCAGGAGGAUCAUCCGUUGGAGGAAGACUAUUACACGAAUAUGGUCAAUGUCAGUUUGAGCUCUAACGAAUCGUCUUGAACUUUUUUUUCCAGGUGCUCUACCACAAACACCACAAAGAGCCGGGCUUCAAGUUGAAUUGUACGCCGAGUUACACGCGAUGGGCCGAACGACAAUAUCCAUUAUAG